AUGGCUGCCCUCAUACCAAAGCAGAUCACCGUGGUCUCAUGUUUUGUAGUGUUGAACCUGUUGGCAAUCGUUGCCAUCGGUCUUCGCUUCUAUUCCAUCAAGGUCGUUCAUCGCUCGCUCAAAGUGCACGACAUUCUCUGUGUGAUCUCGCUGGUUAUGCUUAUCGCAUACAGCGUUGAUCUCCUCAUCGCGACCAUCGCCGGGGGAAUUGGAUACCAUAUUACUGUGGUGCCGCUGCCAACGUUGACUAUCGGGUUGAAGGCGUUCUUCUCAUCGCAGUUCAUGUGGGCGAUCUCCAUUGCCGGUUUUCGACUAUCUAUUUUGGCUUUCUACGUCCAGGCCUUCACCACCAAGAUCUUUCGUUAUUUUGCUUAUGGGGCUAUGACCAUCGUCUGCCUGUUUUUCAUUGGCAGUAUCACGACAACGCUGACUUUGUGUCGCCCAAUCGCAUCCAACUGGGACAAGUCGAUCCAUGGGAAAUGUGGUGAUGAGGCAACUGCCAUGCUAGCCGCUGCGGCUUUCAACAUGGCCCUUGAUAUAGGGAUUGUGGUGCUCCCCCUGCCGGUCAUCUGGGGCCUACAUAUGAGCACACAGAAGAAGGCCGCUGUCAUGGCCACCUUCACUCUGAGUCUGAUGAUCGCCGCCAUUAAUCUUGCUCGCAUCGUCCAAGUCAAGCGCUGCCCCCUGCUGGACUUUACGUAUUGCACUGCGGAUAGUUCGAUUCUGACCGUAGCUGAAAUGGCCGUCGGUAUUAUCGUCGCCUGUGUGCCAAUGCUUGGCCCAGUGGUCUUCCCCGAGCGCCGUCGGCGGUUCGACAAGCGCUAUAUCUACCAGGCCAACCAGACCUCCUAUAAUUCAUACCCCAAGCACGCUCGGCAUGGGAGCGAUAGCCAAGCGAGCACCGAAAUGGCUCUUGGGUCAAAUUGGGAGAAAACCCAAAAAACCCAGUACGCUGAGAUCAAGAACAAGGUCCUGCCCAUAUCUCCGGCCAAUGUCGGGGACGGUGAGAUCGCCGUGUGGCGGGAGUUUGAGGUGCAGUCAGACAGAGGGAGCCGGGUGUAA